AUGUUCAUCGAGAGCUUCAAAGUCGAGAGCCCGAACGUGAAGUACACGGAGAAUGAGAUUCAUUCGGUGUACGAUUACGAGACCACGGAGGUCGUUCACGAGAACGUCAACGGUGCUUACCAAUGGAUCGUAAAGCCCAAGGUUGUCAAAUACGAUUUCAAAACCGACACUCGUGUCCCCAAAUUAGGGGUUAUGCUUGUGGGUUGGGGAGGAAACAAUGGAUCAACCCUCACCGCCGGUGUAAUUGCCAAUAAAGAAGGAAUCUCGUGGGCGACCAAGGACAAGGUGCAACAAGCGAACUACUUCGGGUCGUUAACACAAGCAUCGUCUAUUCGUGUCGGAUCCUUUAACGGUGAAGAGAUCUAUGCCCCUUUCAAGAGUCUCGUUCCAAUGGUGAAUCCGGAUGAUGUUGUGUUUGGAGGGUGGGACAUAAGCGAUAUGAAUUUAGCAGACGCGAUGGGUAGAGCCAAGGUUCUUGACCUCGAUUUGCAGAAACAGCUCAGGCCUUACAUGGAGAGCAUUGUCCCACUCCCUGGGAUCUACGACCCUGAUUUCAUCGCUGCUAAUCAAGGGUCACGUGCCAACAACGUCAUCAAAGGUACCAAGAAGGAACAAGUCGACCAAAUCAUCAAGGACAUGAGGGAGUUUAAGGAGAAGAACAAGGUGGAUAAGGUUGUGGUUCUGUGGACGGCUAACACAGAGCGUUACAGCAAUGUGAUCGUGGGGCUAAACGACACGAUGGAGAAUCUUAUGAACUCUGUGGAUAGGGAUGAGUCCGAGAUCUCUCCUUCCACGCUUUAUGCUAUUGCAUGUGUUUUUGAAGGUAUUCCUUUCAUCAAUGGAAGCCCUCAGAACACCUUUGUUCCGGGUCUUAUUGAUUUGGCUAUCAAGAACAAUGUUUUGAUCGGUGGAGAUGACUUCAAGAGUGGUCAAACCAAGAUGAAAUCUGUCUUGGUUGAUUUCCUUGUUGGUGCAGGCAUCAAGCCUACUUCAAUUGUGAGCUACAAUCACCUAGGGAACAACGAUGGAAUGAACCUCUCAGCUCCACAGACAUUCAGAUCUAAGGAGAUCUCUAAAAGUAAUGUGGUUGACGACAUGGUUGCUAGCAACGGUAUCCUCUUCGAGCCCGGGGAACAUCCAGACCAUGUAGUUGUCAUCAAGUAUGUACCGUAUGUUGCAGAUAGCAAGCGAGCCAUGGAUGAGUAUACAUCAGAGAUAUUCAUGGGAGGCAAGAACACAAUUGUGAUGCACAAUACCUGCGAAGACUCUCUCUUAGCUGCUCCAAUUAUCUUGGAUCUUGUUCUCCUCGCUGAACUCAGCACCAGGAUUCAGUUCAAAUCCGAGAAAGAGGGGAAGUUUCAUUCUUUCCAUCCUGUGGCCACCAUACUUAGCUAUCUCACCAAGGCACCGCUCGUGCCGCCGGGAACACCGGUGGUUAAUGCGCUGUCGAAGCAGCGGGCUAUGCUGGAGAAUAUUCUUAGGGCGUGUGUUGGGUUGGCGCCGGAGAACAAUAUGAUCUUGGAAUACAAGUGA